CUUUAUGAUAACAACUUGAUUGAUUGAUAAAUAAUACCGCGUAAUUUGAAGCAUCCUCAUGUCUGACCAGUCAAAGCUUAUGAGCUGCCACGCGGAUUGGAAGACUGGGACUUCCUUCCAAAAUCCAAAUCCCCUUAAAAGGAGUGGGAUUUCUAGCACUUAAUCACACUUGAUUAACUCAUUACAAGAAUACAUUGUUGUACUACUAUUGAUUCUUGCUACUAUAAACGGUCCCAUGGCUGUGCACGGGAGGAUGCUAGUUAUGCAACUGAUCAUAGUGGUGGUCAUAGCAGCAGCAGCAGCUGAUCGAACCCCAUCUCCUCAAGCAAUACCUGGCUGCCCCGACCACUGUGGUAAUCUCACAAUCCCAUAUCCUUUCGGCAUCGGGGAGGGUUGUUUCCAGCGAGAAGGGUUCAACCUCACUUGUAACGAAUCCGCCGAACCCCCAACAACACUCUUGGGCGAUGGUAGUGUCACGGUUACUAACAUAUUGCUUGCUGAAGGUGAGUUGGAGAUUUUGAGUUACAUAGCCUAUGAUUGUUAUGAUCAGCAGGGUAAUCAAACAGAAGACAUGUACAAUUCCCCUUCUCUCCAGUUGCAUCCUUCUUUCACCAUCUCCGAGACCAGAAACAAGUUUAUUGCCGUUGGCUGCGACACUUGUGCAAUUUUCAAAGGGUACCUCCCUUACCCUCAUGACGAAGAUAGGUACAUCACCGGAUGCGUGUCUGUAUGUGACAGUCUUGACAAUGCAGUUAACGGUUCGUGCUCUGGCAUUGGGUGUUGCGAAACUUCCAUCCCUAGCGGACUCAAAAAUCGCUCCAUCACUUUGGAUAGCUAUUCUCAACACAAGGACGUGUGGGGCUUCAAUCCAUGCAGCUACGCCUUCAUUGUUGAAGAAGGCAGGUUCACAUUCAACCCUAAAACAAGUUUUGAAGAACUCAACAACACUGAAAAACUUCCCAUGAUUAUUAACUGGGCUAUUAAUGAAGGGUCAUGUGCUCUAGCUCAAAACAGCCCUGGUAAUGCUUGCAAAGCAAAUAGCAACUGUGUCAAUCGGACCGUCGAUAACCAGACUGAACCAACUGGUUAUUAUUGCCGGUGCUUGCCAGGCUUCGAAGGGAACCCAUAUCUUCCAGAUGGUUGCCAAGAUAUUGACGAGUGCAUGGCUCCGUCAAGUCCCUGCAACAAUGGAAUAUGCCAAAAUUCACCUGGAGAUUAUAGCUGUUUAUGCAACAAAGAUUUCAAAAACCAGGACUCAAAGAAUUGCAUAGAAAACACUUCCGUGCCAAAGAACAUGCCCCUGAAAAUUUCGUUGGGUAUGUAUAAGCUACCUAAUUACUUAUCUACUUACGCUAGGCAGCUAACCAUAUAUGAUCUAAAAACUCUCAAGUUCAAAGUUUUUUUUUGGAACAGUUAUGCACUCAAAUUUAUUUAACUACUUGAAUCAAUUUCUUGAAUUAAAGAAUUAAAAUGAAUUGAUUGAAGUUAUCUUCUUAAUCCCGUUUCAGUACGUCAUCUCACAAUUAUUAUAAAAGGCUGACCUUUUAUCUUUGUUUGCAUAUUUGUUUUCUAAAUUGAUGAACAUAAAUGUCUAACAAAUUGAAACUCAAAGUAAUUUA